AUGAACAGAUUUAGAAAGUGGUUUCACAAACCUAAGAAAUCGGACCAACAAUUGCUUUCCCAGUUCUACCGUGCUGAUGAAGAGCUGAGGCAGGUGGCUGACAAGCUCAACAGCCUGGAUGGCAAGAACGAACCCCAACGCUGUGCCCUGCUGGUCAGCCAGUUCCGCUCCUGCCAGGACAAUGUGCUGAGCAUCCUCAACCAGAUCAUGAAUGAGUGUAUCCCAGGCGAGAGAGCCAAUCGAGACUUCUAUGUCAAGUUCCCAGAGGAGAUCCAACAGGAGAACCUGGAAGGCCAGCUGUGGUUUGGAGCUGAGUGUUUGGCUGCUGGCUCCAUCAUCAUGAACCAGGAGUCUGAGAGCGAGGCAAUGCGUCCCCUAGCAAAGGAACUGACUCGCUGCAUAGAGGAAGUACGGAGCAUCGCCCGUGACCAGGCUCUUCGCAAUCGGAAUGUCUAUACAGAGCUACUGUGCCAGGCCUUGAGAAAAUUUGACAACCUGUUUGCAGAUUUCGAGUUCAGCUAUGUUUCAGCCAUGGUACCAGUCAAGUCCUUUAAACAGUAUGACAUCCAACAGGAUGUCACUGUGCUGUUCUGUGAGACAGUGUCCAGGGCACUAAAACGGGGAUAUAUCACUCAAGACCUGAUCGAUGACUAUGAGCCUGCACUCAUGUUUACAAUCCCACGAUUAGCUAUAGUGUGUGGUCUAGUGGUGUUUCCUGAUGGCCCCAUGAAGCUGGAUGGUGAGUUGGAGGACAUGUCUGAGUUAUUCAGGCCCUUCCACUCUUUACUGAAGAAAAUCAGGAAUCUCCUGCGCACGCUCAAUGAAGAAGAGGUUCAUUCUUUGGAACGCAACCUCUGUGUCACUCAGGAAGAGGGUUUGGUUGCCCGGCGCCGUUCUUCAGCCAUACCACAUUCAGCCAUCACUCUGGCCCAGCAACUGGAGCAUACCAUGCAUGGAAAGCAGGGGGCAAAGUUCCAGUCAAGUGUUCCUCCUCAGGCAUGUGUCGUGAUGGAGGAGGACAAGGAGGAUAACCCUUCCCUCCUGCAAGUUGAACCUGGCCGUUUAGAGUGGGACCCAGAGGUUGAGCUGUCGUCCUCCAUGCAGGAUGACAUCAUGGAGAUGGAGCUGCUCAGUAUGAUGUUCUACCAGGUGGGAGAUGAGAUGUCCAGCUUUCUGUCCCCAGCACCUAGCCAGACUUCAUCUCCUUACCCCCAGAGGAGGGGGGCUGCCAGCCUCACCCCCAGCCCCAUGGCCUCCCCUCUCAGGCGCCGCAGGGCUGGGAGCAGAGUGUCGUCUUGUGGUUGGUCCGCUGGUGGGUCAAGUGUAGAGGAAGAGGAGCGUGUCUUCUACAUGGAUGACUUGGACGGGACACAGAAGCAAGGCUAUUCCCUUCCUAACUCCCCACAUCUGAAUAUGAGGCGGAACAUGUCUUGCCCUUCUUCACCGCGGACCAGCUUGUCCAGGAAGUGUGUGGAGGCAGCCCUCCAGCGCAGCAAGAACUGGCCCAGCAGUAGCAGGCUCUCGACCCCAGACCUUGGGGCUCUCUCUGUCCCCUCCAUCUGCCUGAAUGGGGAGGGGUUGAGCCAGAAUGUGAGCCAGGAUGUUUCAAAGACGGCAGAGCUGAUUGCACUGAGGAUGAAGGGGACGAAACUCUCUGCAAAUGGGAUCUCCAAUCCCCCAUCUCCCAACCUGUCUACCUGGACCGAGAAGGUAGAGGAGAAGGUGAAAGAGGAAAACGAUGAUGAUGGCGAAGAGGAUGCACAGCUGCAGUCUCUGAAUGGCGCGGCCACAUACUGCCAGCUCAGCCCCUGUAUCUGCCUUCAGUGCCCCAGUCUGCUUCUAUUCCCACCAGACCAUGACACCUACGGCUGCCUGACUCCCCAAACCCAAGGUCCAGCUCAGGAUACAGGUUUGCCAUUCUGUUCCCCCUUCUCUGCUGUUAGAGGCCCAGCUGAGAAGGCUGUGGGCCCCAGGGAACAGGGGAAGGAGAGGAGCCAUGUGCUGGGCCCAUGGUUCCCUUCAUUACGGGCCAGGGGUCAUCAGAGAGAGGGUGUUCCAGCAUCUGUUGCCUACCCCAGCCUGACCCACUGUAGAACCAAUGGAGAUGGGAAGGCUGAACAGAGAGUGGUAGAGGCAGAGCCAGAGGAAUACACCCUGUCCCAAUUCAGUUCUGUCAGCUAUCAACCAAGCAGUAAUAACAUGGAGGGGAUGGAGCAUCCUGACAUCCAGUUGGCCUGCCACAAUAUCCGAUCCCGUUUCAAUAGCAGCGGUGACCUUCUUCACCGUCUGUUUGUGUGCAUUUCAGGUGUUGCAGACCAGCUACAAAGCAACUACUCCAGUGACCUAAGAACCAUAUUGAAGACACUGUUCCAGAUAAUGACGACUAAGACAGUUCUUGCAGAAGAAGACAAGCAAAGGAAAGCAUCCUUAGGCCUGAGUAACAUGGCCCUGGAGGACUGUGCCUUGUGUAUGGAGUGGCUGUCCUCCUCCCCACUGAUUGAGCAAGAUGUCCAAUGUGAAGAGCUCCCAGCCUGGGUUCCCGAUGAGGCCUGUAGCGUCUGCACAGCAUGUAACGCCCCCUUCACUGUAAUACGCAAGAAGCACCACUGCAGGAGCUGUGGCAAGAUCUUCUGUUCUCGCUGCUCUGCCCGCUCGGCGCCUCUACCGCGGUACGGUCAGGUCAAGGCUGUGAGGGUAUGCACCCACUGCUACGUGUUUCACGUCACCCCAUUCUGCUCCUGGAACGGCAACUGA